AAAUAGAUAAACAUAUCCUGGCUUCAGCUGGAAUAUGUGUCCUUUUAACUUUUGGUGUGCAUAAAUAGUCGUUUAAACUAUCAUCAAAGUGAAAAAAGCAGAUAUGUAUUGUACAUGAUAAAUUUCACGUGAUUUGAUGUGCCUUUUUAACUUGGUCUUACUUCUAUGCCCUUUAAUUUUAAUGUGCACAAUAAAUAUUUAAAUUUGUAUAAAAUUGAACAAUUAAAGACGUUCUAUGAGUCAUAAUUCAAAUCAAUUCAAGCUUAAUUCACGUGAAUUACCUUGUAGGACAUGUAAGUUUAAAUGUUUAUUUGUGCACUCUCAAUUGGAGAGUAUAUAUGUCCACCGAGGUCAAAUUAAAAAGCACGAUUAUGUAUUGGGGCAAUUAAGAUCUAACGUAUAAUUAUAUAAAAUAUAGUAUUUUUAAGAAAUUAUAAUUAAACACUGGUUUUGCUACGAAUUUAGCAAGCCAUAUAAAUAGGGAGACAAAGAUAAUGUCAUUAGCGAAGGUGGGGGAACUUGUAGGGAGUAACAAAGCAGAAGUGGGAAGAUGAUGAGAAGUAGGCUUUCGCUUAUUAGUAGCAAAAUGAGCCUUUUCUUACGAACCCCUUUUGCCUCUACACCUUUUUAUCACCAUCGUUUUCCUACAAUUUUUUUACAACCAAAAAAAGACUUACAGAGUCAUUGUUAUGGUUUACAAAAUGGUCUUUUUUUCAAGAACCAUGUUUCAGCUUUACCUCUAAGGUGUUUGAGUAUGAAUUCUUCUGAAGAAAUCAUCCCAGACAGAAAUGGAGACGACCCACUUCACUAUGAAACGAUUGAGGACGUAGAACCAAUAGAUUUAUGGGAAGAAGAAGUGGAAGUUGAGGCUGAGAUUGGUGAUGGAGGUGAUGGAGGGGGAAUAGUUCUGCAGAGUUGCUCUUGGGGUGAGCAGGCAUUAUCUAUUGCUCGUGAUGUGUUGCUGUCCUUUGGCGAUGACAUGGAGCUCUAUGCAUUUAAAACUAGUCCUCAUGGAUACAUCUAUGUCAGAUUAGACAAACUUCCAAAUGAAUAUGGCUCUCUAAGUAUGGAAGAGAUGGAGGAAUUUAGCCGCCAAUACAAGAAAAGAUUAGACGAAGCUGGUGCACUAGGGAAAAUUCCUGAUGAUCUGGCCCUUGAGGUAUCAUCUCCUGGUGCUGAACGGCUACUAAAAGUACCAGGUGACUUAUCCCGCUUCAAGCAUAGGCCUAUGAGAGUUAGCUAUAUAGAAGAAGUGAACUCUAGAAGCGUUGAAAAGGACGGAAUAUUCUUCAUGGAAUCAAUUGAUGCAGAAUCAGGACGCUGUGUGUGGAAGUUGGCCGAUGUGAAGCAGAAUAGAGAUCCAGCAGCCAAAGGAAGGCCGCUAAGCCGUAAAAAGAAAGAUUGGAGGUUAACACUGCCUUAUGCAAUGGUUAAGAAGGUUACUUUGUACCUCGAUUACUGAAUUCUGUCUCGACUCAAGGUACUGAUGUAUAGCCCUAUACUGUUGCUUUACACACACUAAAGAUUUUGACAUAAAUUUUUGAUGGUAUGGAAGAUUCUAAAGAAAUAUUUGUGUCC